AUGUCGUCCAAGAGGAAGAAAAACGAUAGUUCGGACGAAGAAAGUGAUGAAGUCGAUUGGCAGAAGAGGUAUCUGAAUAUGGAAAAACUCUGUCAGAAGACGGAAAACGAACUGAAGGAGUCGCACGAAGAGAUGGAAACGAAUCGCUCGGAGCUGACAGAAGCAGCUGCGAAGAAUGAAAAGCUAGAAAGAGAAUUGAAACAUGUUAACGAUAAAGUCCUUCGAUUCCAAUCAAUGAUGAGUGCCAAAGGUGUUAUCAAGUGGCUUGAAGAAGAAAAGCGAAAUGACGCUAUACGGAAAAUGCCGCUUGACAUCAAAGAGGCGAAGAUCCGAUUGAACGGCCGGCUGAGUCUCAGCGAGAACAUCGCGGGCAAUGGGGGAGUGAAAACCGCGUUCAAUGUCGGCAUACAAAGCUUGGCGACUGAAGACGAGCCGGCGCUUCCUGGUUUCCAGAAUUUCACCUCCGAACAAAUGUUUUUCCUUGCUUAUGCGAAUAACUGGUGCUUGGUGGUUCGACCCAAACACUAUGUGCAAUUGGUGAUGGCCGACGUUCACGCGCCGUCAAAAUAUCGAGCCAUCAUCCCGCUGCAGAAUCGAAAGGAGUUCUCUGAAGCAUGGAAAUGUCGCGACGGAUCAAUGAUGAACCCACGGCACAAAUGUCAAGUGUGGCGAUGGGUGUUUUUUUUGAUUAUU